CUGUUGGGAGCGCAAUACACACUAUAAAAACAAAGAGCACUGCCUCGCCCAUCUCUGUGUCAAUUCUCCCUCUCUCUCUCUCUCUCUCUCUCUGUCUGAAAGUUGCGCAAUCCAAGCUCCAAGGGAGUCUCCGAAUUUAAAAUCAGGGGACACGGCGGAGACACGCGUAUCCACCGAAUCUGGACACGUGUGUCCAAAUCUAGACAUAGAGAGCAAAAGAGAAAAGUAAAGGAGAAGGGUAAAGAUCAAGAGACAAACUUCGACUUCGAUCUAGUCGAUUUGCCUGACGAUCUCCAUGACUUCGACCACCGUAAGCCGUCGACCUCGACCUCCAUCCAGUUGACCAGCGUGAUACAUCUUACUUGUGUCAAUCUCCAUCAGCGAAAGCUGGAGGCAAAAUUGGUCUGGAACUUGCUAUCGCAUGAAAAAGUGAAUUGCUUUAAAUUUCUUUUGCAAGUAUCUCAUUGGUUUCAAACCUUGGGGAAAUGUCUAGUGGAGAAGGUAGAAAGGUUUCACGUGAAGACAUCCAACUGGUACAAACUCUUAUUGAGCAAUGUCUCCAACUUCACAUGAGCCAAAAAGAAGUUAUCAAUACUCUCUCGCAUCGGGCAAAAAUAGAGCCUAGUUUUACUGAGCUUGUUUGGCAAAAGCUUGAAGAAGAAAAUCAGGAAUUUUUCAAGGCAUAUCAUCUAAGGUUGAUAGUGAAGGAUCAGAUAAUGCAAUUUAACAGUUUGCUUGAGAGACAAGUUGAGCUGAUGCGUCAAAUAUGCCCAACUGGAGUUGCUUCCUUACCUCUGUCUAAUGGGUCUCAUAUCCCACCAUUGCACCAGAAUUCAGGAUGUUAUGCUCCAGAACAUAAUGGAUCUGUCUUGAAGGCAGAGAACGUGCACCAGCCUAUUAUUUCCAGUUUACCUAACACAUCAUUUCCUAAUGGUGGGUCAUCACUACACCCAUGCAUGCAAAAUGCUGUUGAUAUGUCUGCUCAUCCCAGGGUUGAUGUUUCACCUAACAUGAUGUUGGCUCAUAGCUCAAAUGUGGGAAUGAUGCAAGGAAUGAAUGGAGGAAUGAUCAAAUCAGAAGCUGGUUAUGCAGGAAAUUCCCCAUACAUGUUUGGUACUGAUGGAAACGUCCUAGAAGCACGGCCUGCAAUUGCAGAUGCAUCAAUGUCUUCUUUCAGCAGUGUAGAGUCUAAUUCACAUCCGCUGAAUGAAACACUCUUGGAUGCCGACACUCCGUCAUUUGGAUUUUUAGGGCAAAUACCGCGAAACUUCAGUCUUUCAGAUUUGACAGCUGACGCUGAUAUAUUGGAGAGCUAUUCCAGGUCACCCUUCCUAGCAGCAGAUACAGACCACUUCUUGGAUCCUCAUGGCAGGGAAGAACACCAAGGUCACCAUGGAUAGAAGUUUUGUAAAUAGCUUCCUAGAAAUGGAGAAUUUUGAACUUCUUUGAAGGUAUUGAUUGGUGUGUGCUUAGGUGUAAUUUGAUAAUGGUGGGUGACAUUGCGUGUGCUUCUAGGAAAAGGAGUUGGGGAAAAAAAAACAUUUGUUUGCAACCAUAUGGUUCUGAUCUUACUCCUUAGGCUUGUCAUAGAAUUAUGACAAUGGUACUCCGUUAUUAUGGUGGUGAAUAUGAUCUUGAUAGAUAUGGUGGAGUAUUGUAAUUGUGUUUUCCUUAUUAAACUAGUUGUAAUUUUCAAUAAUUUAAAAAAAAAAAUCAGAUCUUGUAUUCAAGAAGUGUAUUC